AUGGGUUACAUGACCAACUAUGAGCCUUACUCUCGGGGAAGCAUCGAUAGUAGACGCUCGCCUCCGCCAGAUGAAUUGCUCUCGCCGUUAGCAGGGCUCUACCCGCAUGUUGCGGCCUUACAGCCACAGUACAAUCAUAGCAACUGCACAUUCACUGGCUAUCAAGAUACGGAUUAUUGGGCAGCGGCCUACACGACACAGCCUUUGGAAAAGUCGUACACGUUAACUCGUCGUGGAACGGAUGGUCUUCCAUGUCGAUUUGUCUCUAAACUACGCCGGCUACUAAGCCGAGACGACCUCAAGUACCGCCGGGGAUCCCGGGCGACUGCAUGA